CCACGCAUCCGCACGCCGACCGAGCCGAACCACCCACGACAACGAACAGCUGCUCUUCUUCCUCCUCGCGCCGUCCUCCUCCCUCUCCAAAUCUGCUCCUUCUCGGAGGGGAGGACGCCCAUCCGGUCUCGGAAUCGAUCUGUUUCCUCGCUGCCGCGAGCGACGAAUCCAAUCUAAAUCUUUCCUCCUGUCCACCAGUUCGUUCCGGAUUCGGUUGCUUCAUGGCGGGUUCUUGCUAAUCCGAUCCGUACCUCUGUCCGCGUCCCUGGUUCGGCCGAUUAAAAUAUUCGUCGUCUUCGUCUCCGGCGGCGCAAGAUCGAUUGGUUGAAUUGCUCCUCUCCGGUGCGCGGUGCGGCCAAUUUUGCAGCUUGCGAGGGGAAAAAAGGAUAGAAUCUGAGAAGUUCCUGGAUAUAGCGAGUGGUUGUGGUGUUGUUUCUGGCAGGGAGACGAUGGAGUCUGGGAGGAAGCCUCGGAGCCUGGUGGACCUCUGCGUCCAGAAGGUCAUCGACAACCUCCGCUACGUGGGCCACGUCGACGGCAUCGAGACGGAGCUGCUCAAGCGCAUCCUGCCGCACUGCACGCUGGAGCAGCUCACCCGUAUCGAGAACCGCACACAGAUGGAUCUUAGCCCGAUAACCGAUCCUCUGUGGAGGCGGUUCUAUCAGAAGGAAUUUGGCGAGGACCAUACCAACCUAGUUAUCAAGAGAAUGAAGGAGGCAAAAGGAAAAGCGCGUUACACAUGGAAGGAGCUCUUCAAGGCAAAAACAGAGAGGCAAAAGGAAGUUGAAGACAGAAUGCUCGAGAAAAUCACAAAGAAGUUCCAGGCAGAGAAAGCUGAGAAACAAAGCAAACAAAUUAAACUUUGUUCAAAGGUGCCUCCAAGCAGCAAAAGAAGUUUCUUUGGAGGUGGUGGACCUAGCAGUCUAUCCAAUUCCAACUACAAGAGUCCUAUACUGAAAAAAGCCAGGAUGGAGGCUAACAGUCGAGCAAGAUUGCAAUCUGCUAUCCAAAAGAACACUUUUCAGAGGUCAUCUCAGCAAAGGACAACCUCUUUGAGUGGACAGCCAGUGAGAACAACGACCAUUCAUAGACCCAAUUCAACCAUCACCAUCACCAAACCGAUUGGUUCAAACAGGCAAAUUCAGAACAGCAGACCCAAAUUCUAGAGAGAUUUGGCUAUUAAUGGCAUGUUCAACUCCAGAGCUCUUGUGGCCUCUGCAGAAAGAAUCUCUCCUUUAUACAAGCUGUGUUACUUGCCAUUUCAUGAAGCUCUUGUGCCCUCAGAAAUGGUGUCCAAGUUUUUGCAGAGCUGAGCACUUGCAGUUGUAUCUUAAAGGUGCAGCCAUUUGGCAAAAGAGAAAUGCACCAGUUGUAACAUAUAAGGGCAUUAUCAAUAUUUGUAACAAUCAUUUUCUUAUUAAAGAAAAAAGGCAUGUUUCUUGGUUUCUCACUA